CACAUGAAGGAUGUUUGAAUUGUUUUGAUCAGUGGACUGACUUUCCUAUGAACGCUUAUUUAUUACACUGCACAAUGUGUGUUGGAGUUUAUCUGCGAGGUGAUGUGAAGGCUUGUUGACAUUAUGCCAACGACAAACAGAAAGAAGCAGAAGGGGAGGGACACGGCGGUACAGGGAACCAACGACAGCAGUGUGGUGAGCAAAGUGUCUGCUGCAGCGCAGGGCUACUUCCAGGAUUUCUUCCUACAACACUUUGUGUACAAAGCAGCCAGGAGAGCCCCACUCAUCAACAGGGGUUACUAUGUACGCUGGAGAGCUGUGGACCACUGUGUGAGGAGGUUCCUACACGUUACUGAAAACUGCCCCAAGAGACAGAUUUUGUCAUUGGGCGCAGGGUUUGACUCUACGUAUUUUCGCCUACACGCAGAUGACGCUUUGGACAGGGCUGUUGUGUUUGAGGUUGAUUUUCCUGAUGUCACGCGACGCAAGGCUGCUCUCAUUAGUUCUAAUAUUACCCUGAGGGGGAUGUUAGACUCGCAUUUACCUUCCCUUACAGGACCUUUAUAUGUGUCUAGUGGUCAGUACCAUCUGCUAGGGGUGGAUGUUAGACAGGAGUCCCAGGUGGAAGAAGCUCUGGGUGCAGCUGGUCUGGACUGGGCUGCCCCUACGCUAAUCUUAUCUGAAGUGGUACUUACAUACAUGGAAACACAAUGGUCCGAUGCUGUCAUUAGUUGGGCGGCAAAGCUCUUGCCACAGUCACUCUUCGUCAUGUACGAGCAGAUACAUCCCCACGAUCCCUUUGGUCAGAUCAUGCAAGAUCAUUUCCUGAAACUAAAUUCAACUCUACAUGCCCUUCGACAGUACCCAGACACUGCUGCACAGAGACACAGGUUCCUGGACAAGGGCUGGGAGGAGUGUGUGUGUCUGGACAUGAAUGACUUCUACCUCGGGUUGGUCCCUGAGGAGGAGAGGUGCAGGGUGGAGAGCCUGGAGCCUUUUGAUGAAUAUGAGGAGUGGCACCAGAAAUGUUCCCACUAUUUCAUCCUCACUGCUUCCCGAGGAUCUUUGAUGGCACAGGCUUUGCUCUUGCACGCUCCAGUAUAUCCAGUGUCAUCCGUUUGCCCAUCUUGGAGCGCCACAGCUCUGAGUUUGCGGACCGUACCAGUUUCUAUGGAGGGGCUGGGGAUGGCUUCCGCCUUGGUGAGGCCAGGCCAGGUCCUACUAACAGGAGUCAGCAGAGGGGGCAGGAUGGCAGUGACUAGGAUCCUCCUCAGGGACCAGGAAGGCUGGAGAUUUGUCUGUGUGGAACCAUCUGUAGAUUUAGGUGUUCGACUCUACCACACUGUUACCUCUCUUCCUGGAGGAGGUAUUGUGGUAUACGGUGGUCGCUCCUCUCCACUCAACCCAAUAAGAGGCCUUUUAAGAGUAAACCUGGACCCCAGUGGUCCACCUGGUCCUCUCGACUCUCAAAAGGGCCGAGACACAGUGAAACUUUGUGUGGAGCAGAUGGUCUGUACGGGGGAUUCACCACCGCCAAGAUGGAGGCACACUGCUACUGUGGUCCGUCACGAAGGUAAAGACUUUCUGUUUGUGUUUGGUGGUAAGAAUCAAUCAGAAGCAGCUCUGGGUGACGGCUACUUCCUCUGUCUAGACCAGCAGCACUGGACUGAGAUCCCAGUAGAGGGCGCAGCACCAGAGGCCCGCCAUUCCCACUCAGCCUUUCCAUAUCAGGGAGGUGUGGUGGUGUUUGGAGGACUAGACAGAAGGGGGGUGCCACUGGGGGACACAGUGGUGUUAAGACCAACUGAGAGAGGCUUCUCCUGGGAAAGAAUAGAGGCGGAGCCCCCUCCUGUUCCCAGGUACGCUCACUCUGCCCAUGUGAUCGGUGAAAAGCUGGUUGUUGUUGGUGGAGUUUGGCUGCAUUCAGAGGGUGUACCAGGCGUUGUCAUGAUCAACCUCUCCACGUGCAGCAGUGUGGAGUUCAGCCUAGACACGACCUCAGUGCCCUGGCCUCUGAUGCUCCACUCAUUCUGCUCUGAGCUGACAGACCCAGAAGAACCAGAGCUGCUGCUGAUAGGUGGUGGAGGAAACUGUUUCUCCUUUGGGACUCACUUCAACCUUCAGCCUGUCACUGUGGACCUGAGACCUGUACUGGGAUGAAGUAGUCUAAAGGGUUCUGUGAAACUGUUAAGCAGCUCAAAUCAACAACUGAAGACAGGAUGAAAUGGAUUCACUUGAAUCAUGUGGGACAGUUUGAACAGAGCUCAAUUCAGGCCUAUUGAAAGUCCCGGUUUGUUAUUGUUAUUGAACCCCAAAGUGUAGAUGUAAAAGUAUGCAAGGGCACAAAAGGCUCAAAAGACAUUAAACAUCUCAUGAAUAGAAAAUCAAAAAAAA